GACCUGUUAAUCGUCUCUGGCAGGGGGCGCCUGGGCCUCAGUCCCAAGAUGGCGGCCACCCGCUACCGGCGGUUUCUGAAGCUCUGCGAGGAGUGGCCGGUGGAAGAGACCAAGCGGGGCCGGGACCUGGGCACUUUCCUGCGGCAGCGGGUGGCCCAGGCCUUCCGGGAGGGGGAGAGCACCCAGAUUGCUGACCCUGCAAACUGUGACCAAAUGUAUGAAAGUUUAGUCAGAAUCCACACCAAUUUCUAUAAAAACAAGUAUCCACGCCUAAAAGAUACAAGCUUCACUGGAGUCACAGUGGAAGAAUGCAAGCUGAUCCUAGCAACAGACAGCGGGAAACAGAUGGAGGAAAUGAGAAAAGGUAAAUGGAAAAAACUGCGAGAGAAGUUCUCUGCCAAGAAUGUUGAAGAGGACUCAAAGUUAUAACCUCUCUCCCCAGCCCCCCCCCCCCGCCCC